UUCCUCUCUCCCCACACCCCCUCUGUCAUUCUCUCUUUCCCUUGCCACCCAUCCAGCUGUUCAAUUAAUCCAGUCUAUCUUUGUGUCUGAUGGUGAGUGUUAUCUGCUGCUGCCUGGCAUGAGGUCAGGCUCUGAGAUUCCCACCUGUAUAUUCCCCUCCUAAUCUUUUCCAGGGAGCAGCAGAUACUUCCAGAAAAUCCCUGAAAGAAGCUUCAAGCUAUAGAAACUGUUACAGAAAAACACAACAUAGAGCUCUGGGACUUUUGGAGUUAAGCUGUCAAAAUGGCGGAAAAUAAAGAAAGUAAUAGUAAAAAUGUCGAUGUAAGACCCAAAACCACCCGUAGUAGGAGUGCAGACAGAAAGGAUGGUUAUGUAUGGAGUGGAAAGAAGCUCUCAUGGUCAAAAAAGAAUGAGAAUUGUUCUGAUGGUGAAGCAGCAAGUAGUGUAGGAAGACCAGUGGCUGGUUUAAGGAGCCAAGAGAGGAAGCACAGCUGCUCAUCUAUUGAACUGGAUUUAGAUCGUUCAUGUGGCCAUCGAUUUUUAGGCCGGUCUCUUAAACAGAAAUUGCAAGAUGCUGUGGGACAGUGUUUUCCUAUAAAGAAUUGUAGCAGUCGGCACUCUUCGGUACUACCAUCAAAGAGAAAAAUUCGUAUAAGUGAAUUAAUGCUAGAUAAGUGUCCUUUCCCACCGCGAUCAGAGCUAGCUUUUCGAUGGCAUUUAAUUAAAAGACACACUGCUCCCAUAAGUCAAAAAUCAGAAGAUUGGAUAAACCCUGAUUUAUCCCAAAAUGAAGAGAAGGAUGAUCAUCUGAGAGAUGGAGCGAGCACAGGGGGAGGAAACUCUUUCUCACAGCCGUGUGACAUUACAGACAGCAACUCCUGUAAAUGUGAUCCUAGGACUGAAUCGGUUAUGAGUAAGGUGUUAAAGAACAAUAAAGAGGAGAGUGAUAUGGACUCUGAUGAUGAAGUUAUAACACUUUGCACAAGUUCUAGAAAGAGGAACAAACCCAAAUGGGAAACGGAUGAUGAACUGCUACAGUUGGAAUCUCCUCCCAAAUAUCAUACCCAGAUUGAUUAUGUCCACUGUCUUGUCCCAGACCUUCUCCAGAUCAAUAACAAUCCAUGCUACUGGGGCGUAAUGGACAAAUAUGCAGCUGAGGCACUACUAGAAGGAAAGCCAGAAGGAACUUUUUUACUACGAGACUCUGCCCAAGAAGACUAUUUGUUUUCUGUUAGUUUUAGACGCUAUAGUCGUUCUCUUCAUGCAAGAAUUGAACAGUGGAAUCAUAACUUCAGCUUUGAUGCUCAUGAUCCUUGUGUCUUCCAUUCUCCUGACAUUACUGGUCUCUUAGAGCAUUAUAAAGACCCGAGCUCUUGUAUGUUCUUUGAACCACUUUUAUCCAGUCCCUUACACAGGACUUUUCCUUUUUCCCUUCAGCAUAUAUGCAGAACAGUUAUUUGCAACGCUACAACAUAUGAUGGCAUUGAUGCUCUUCCUAUUCCUCCAUCUGUCAAGUUAUAUCUGAAGGAAUAUCACUAUAAAUCAAAAGUUAGAGUACUCAGGAUCGAUGUACCAGAGCAACAAAGCUAGAAUGUAGUUUUUUGGGGGAAUAGGGAUUGUCUCUUGAUCUGAUAAAAUUUGUGUUGUCCUUCCUCCCUUGAAUUUUUUCCUAUGGCAAUUUGAAUCUUUUCUGCAGAUAAUUUACAGUCCAAAUUGAUCUCUCCCUGGGUCUUUCUAUCCAAAUGUCCUUUGACUUUUCCUGCCACUCCUUUUUAGUCAACUCACUCGAGUCUGUGGUUUUUUGGUAAUGUUCAUACCCUAGGGUUUUAUGGAAUUUCAGGUAGGUUUUCUAGGGUUUCCACAUAGGGAUAGUAUUUAGAUUUAAAAAUAAAAAUUCAUAUUUGAA